AUGGUUGAGAGAGAGAAAGAGAUACAGGCUACUUCGGAAGGGUUAAGUCAGAGAUUGAAGGAAGAAGAUCGAAUAAGCCAAUUACCUGAUCCUUUGAUAUGUCACAUUCUCUCUCAUCUUGCCCUAAAGGAAGCUGUAAAGACUAGCGUUAUAUCCACCAGAUGGAGAAGUCUAUGGCUUUGGCUUCCUAGUUUGGAAUUGGCAUGGUCGAAAUUCCCUAAUUCCAAUGCCUUUAUGAGUUUCGGUGACACGUUUCUUGAUUCCAAUAGGGUUUCACGUAUAGACAACCUCAAUGUAACUAUUGACAAUGAUGCCUCACAUCUCACGUCAUGGAUUGAUGCUGCGGUUAAGCGUAAGGUCCAACAUCUAGACCUUUGUUGUCGUCGUCUAAAUAGGUAUCCUGAGUUACCCGCAAGCACUUAUACCUGUGAGACACUGGUAUCUCUAAAACUUGAUCGGGCGGACUUGGCUAAUGCCAAAUUUGUUUUCCUACCAUGUCUGAAGACUUUACACUUAGAAAGUAUUUCGUAUCCCAACGAAGCUAUUUUUGAGAGACUUGUCUCAUCCUGCCCUGUCCUGGAGGAGUUAGUGAUGGUCACAUCUGUGUUUGAUGAUAAUGCAAUACACUUUCGGGUGUUCUCUAGGUCAUUGAAGAAGCUCAAAAUAAAUAUUCGAAAAUGUAGGUAUUCUUCUUGUUCAGGAGUUGUGAUUGAUGCUCCUCUACUAAGAUUUUUGAGCAUCAAUGAUGAUUUAUCAGAAAGCUUGGUUGUAAUAAACAAAAUGCAUCCCGACGCCAAGUUAGAUAUUUCUACUUCCUUUGAUUUCACAGUUUUUGAUGAAGAAACAAUUUCUUUGAAGAGAAAUAGCAUCCACGGUUUUGUCUCGCAGAUUUCGAAUGUUAAAGAUAUGAAGAUAAGUAGAGACACUGUCAAGGUCAUCUGUCAAUACUCGACAUUAGGGUCGUUGCCUCAGUUUGGUAAUAUGUCCCGCCUGAGUGCAGCUAUCCGUUACUCCGAUUUGAAAGAGUUACUAACCUUUCUUACGAGCUGUCCAAAUUUGAAAUCCCUCAUCUUGGUAUGCUUUGGUACUUAUGAUGAAAUGCCUUUCGAGGAGAUGAAUCAAAUCAGUUUGUCAUAUAUGCCUGAGUGUUUGCUAUCAUCUCUCGAGUUUAUUGAUUUCAAAUUCCCAAUCCGAGGAUAUGAUGCACAAUUGAAGAUUAUUAGGUACUUCCUAGAGAAUACGACAAUACUCAAGGAGCUCACUCUACGUUUGCCCAAUUAUUCAAUACGAGAAAAGUCUACUUUCAAGGAGGAACUCCACAGAAUGACACGAUGCUCUAGCGAAUGUGAUGUCGUCGUCCUGGAUUUGGUAUUUGAGUAG